AAGUACCCACUCAUUUUCAAUCUCCACACUGUCUCCUCUCACCACUGAGGCCUCUACUUAACCACAAUGUCAGAUCUAGAGGCCCCUCUUGUACGCCCCAAGCGGAAGAAGAUUUGGGUGGACUACUUUGUCCAAUUCCGAUGGAUAAUAGUGAUCUUUGUUGUCCUUCCGAUUUCGUUCACGCUGUACUUCCUCACGUAUCUUGGGGAUGUGUGGUCUGAGUCCAAAUCGUUCAAGAAGCGUCAGCAGGAACACGACGAAAAUGUCGAGAAAGUUGUGAAGCGACUCAAGGAGAGGAACCCAAAGAAGGAUGGUCUAGUCUGCACGGCUCGUAAGCCAUGGAUUGCUGUUGGAAUGCGCAAUGUGGACUACAAGCGUGCUCGCCAUUUUGAGGUCGAUCUUUCUGCCUUCAGAAAUGUUCUGGAGAUUGACCAGGAGAGAAUGGUAGCCAGAGUUGAGCCUUUGGUCAAUAUGGGUCAGAUUUCGAGGGUCACUGUCCCGAUGAAUCUGUCUCUUGCAGUUGUUGCAGAGCUUGAUGAUCUUACCGUUGGAGGUCUGAUCAAUGGCUAUGGUAUCGAAGGAAGCUCCCAUAUUUAUGGCCUGUUCUCCGAUACUGUCGUGGCUUAUGAAAUUGUUUUGGCGGACGGCCGGUUGGUUAGAGCAACAAAAGACAAUGAAUACUCUGACCUCUUCUACGCUAUCCCAUGGUCUCAGGGGACACUAGGACUCCUUGUUGCAGCUGAGAUUAAGCUCAUCCCUAUCAAGGAAUAUAUGAAGGUAACAUACAAGCCUUUAGUGGGUAAUCUUAAGGAGCUCGCACAAGGUUAUAUUGAUUCAUUCGCACCAAGGGACGGGGAUCAGGACAAUCCUGAAAAGGUGCCAGACUUUGUUGAGACCAUGAUUUACUCUCCGACCGAAGCUGUCUUCAUGACGGGUAGAUAUGCUUCAAAGGAAGAGGCCAAGAAGAAGGGAAACAAGACCAACAGUGUUGGAUGGUGGUUUAAACCGUGGUUCUACCAGCAUGCUCAGACUGCACUGAAGAAAGGCGAAUUUGUCGAGUAUAUCCCAACGAGAGAAUACUACCACAGGCACACUAGGUGCUUGUAUUGGGAGGGGAAACUCAUUCUUCCCUUUGCUGACCAGUGGUGGUUCAGGUUUCUCUUUGGUUGGUUGAUGCCCCCGAAGGUCUCUCUUCUCAAGGCUACCCAGGGUGAUGCUAUUAGAAACUAUUAUCACGAGAUGCACGUCAUUCAGGAUAUGCUCGUCCCGCUGUACAAGGUGGGAGAUGCUCUGGAAUGGGUCCACAGAGAGAUGGAGGUAUAUCCAAUCUGGCUCUGCCCACACAGGCUGUACAAACUCCCAGUGAAAACCAUGGUGUAUCCCGAGCCAGGAUUCGAGCUACAGCGCAGACAGGGUGACACCCAGUAUGCUCAAAUGUACACUGAUGUUGGAGUCUAUUACGCCCCCGGGCCAGUCCUGAGAGGUGAGGAAUUUGACGGGUCUGAGGCAGUCCGCAGGAUGGAGACCUGGUUGAUUGAGAACCACGGUUUCCAGCCACAGUAUGCUGUGUCCGAGCUCAACGAGAAGAACUUCUGGAGAAUGUUCGAUGCUGGCCUCUACGAGCAUGCCAGGAGGAAGUACGGAGCUGUGGGCACCUUCAUGAGCGUGUACUAUAAAUCGAAGAAGGGCAGGAAGACGGAGAAGGAGGUUCAGGAAGCGGAGCAGGCUAUCUGCGAAGCGCCGGAUGCUGAGGCCAAUUAAAAACACUGCGAAUGGUGGCUGUUGUUGAUGUUGAAAUUCGAGUAGGAUUGUGUUGUUUCCCUCCCUUUUUGUCUGAGUUAUCGGUUUUUGCUUUAUUUAUUGAGAUCUGUAGUUUGCUAUGUUUAACUCUGUAGACUUUGAUUUGAAGUUAGGAAGAAGUGCUGUGCACUAUCCCUCCCCUAUUAUUCCAUCCUGUGAUGUUACUCUCACCUAAUUUAUUGCAGGAUAUUGGUUUUUCUUUCUUUA